AUAAUCAAACACAAAGGAGUGUUGAAGUGUGACAAGUGCGUCUCGGCUGUAUUCGCAGCAUUUAAACUUUACUUAGGAGGACAGAGUUCAAACUCGACACACAUAGAAGAGGUGCACAGCUGUCCAGAUACCUGCGGCAAGUGUUCAGGCCCAGAAAAUGACCAGUGUGAGGAAUGCAGAGCAGGAUGGACACUCCAUAAUGACACCUGUGUAGACGUUGAUGAGUGUGGCACGGAGCUGGGUAUCUGUCCUACAAACAGCUACUGCUUCAAUACAGAUGGUUCCUUUGAGUGCAGAGACUGUGACUCGGCCUGUGUGGGCUGUAUGGGUAGCGGACCAGCACGCUGCCGGAAAUGUGCCUCUGGGUACACACUGACAGGGUCCAAGUGUUUGGAUAUAGAUGAAUGUAGUGACAGGGUACUUGCCUGUCAUGGUCUGGAUGAGAUUUGUACCAACACAGAAGGCUCCUUCCGCUGUGACUGUGCUGAAGGAUUCAUCCAUAGGGACGGCGUCUGUGUGAAGAAGCAGCAGCCUGGUGUUCAGGUGAAAGGUCUGUUUGAGGAUAUUCAGGAUGACGAGGUGGAGGUGCUGCAGCAGAUGAUCUUCGGGGUGGUACUUUGCGCUCUGGCCACGCUGGCUGCUAAGGGGGAUUUGGUUUACACAUCUGUAUUCAUGGGAGCAGUGGCAGCCAUGGCAGGGUACUGGCUUUCUGACAGGGGAGACCGUAUGUUAGACAGCUUCUUAAAGGGACGUUAAAGCUCAAAAAGACUUUAACAUUGUAUGUCCAGAUGGACAAUGUCACACUUUUCUAUCUGUAAGAUCAUUUAUGGCAACAUUUUAACAACCACUGAACCACCAUGAAAAUAAUAUAAAACCAAGUUCAGUAUACAGACAGUAAAUCUACCCACAAUAGAAAAAGAACAUCCCUUCUUUCAUAUUUGAAGCCUUUUAAUGAAAUCCAGGUUUUAGAUGCAAAUACCCAGAAGAAGUGACAAAUCAGGUGACAGCUUCUUCUGUCCCUGCAGCUUAUUUCUGUGUUGUCUGACUGACUAUGGGAAAUAUUUUUUUUAAUUUUCACCGGCUAGAAUUGAUCAUGAUUCUUCGUCCCUACACAGUUUUUAGAUAUCAUCCUGUAAUAUCACAGAGAUGGGCAACAUGAGUGUGGAAGUUUAUUCUUGACCUUGUAAAUAGUAGUAUGACAAAGUUUAAUUCAAUGUCCACUUACCAACUUUGUCUGGAGCCUUUCAACUGUAUUUUACUGUCUUCAUCAGUGGAUGGUGUUUGCUUUGUUAUCGUCACAAACUCCAGUAACUGAUGAGGACCACAAGAUGCAGUUGAAGACUUUUAAACGACUGUCCAGUUGUACCACUUUUCUGUAAUGAGCUGGAAAGUGCUUUUUAUUGUUUUCAAGCAGCUACCUUGUUCUGGCAUUUGUAGCCACCAACAAACAAUGGUGUCAAUUGUAGCUUCAAGAAUUUACAGCUUGCUUGAAUUUGUUUGCAGAAACCAUGUACUGUAUUAGAUUUACUUCUUAUACUGUAACAAUGGCACUGCAUUUGUAACAUGUACAUUAUACUAUAUAGUAAUAUUUCUAAUGACCCUUUCCUCCACGUGUACACUGUAAACCCAGAUUUACAGUAGUUUAGUGGUCACUACUUUACAUUAUUACAUUACAUGUCAUUUAGCUGACGCUUUUAUCCAAAGCGACUUCCAAUUAAGUGCUUAUAACC